GCAAGUUUUGUGUCACUAUUGAAAGUCCGGACAAAUUGAUGACAUUUAACGCCGUUUUCAAUGCAAUCAUAACUCAAACAAAACAAUCGUUUUCUUUAGACUCGCAUUCAUUUGAGCUCUUUGACACCGACUUCGAGGAAUGGGUUGUCAUUGCAUCGGGCGAUCAGCUGAUCGACAAUUUAGCUAAAAUUAGGGUCAAACCCAAAGACACCAAACCAUCGGAUAAUGAGUUCAAUAAAGUGGACACCAAUGAGACAACCAUUGGAUCCAUUGGUUCGCACAGAUAUCCCGACACUUUGACCACUAUUAAGGCCAUCACUGAAGACAAGAGUUCUUUGAAUAAUGAGAUGAAAAGCAGUGCAGAGGCCGAAGAAAAGGCCAAACACUUGACUCUUAUUAACAAUCAUUUGUCGCAACAAAAGACAGAUUUGGGGAAGAAUUUGAUGACAUUUGACAUGAAUUUCGAUAAUUUGAACACAAAAUCACUGCAAAACACAUGCAUUCAGAGGUCGGACAAGAAGUCGUCGAUUAAUAAGAUUUUGUUUGAGAGCAACGAAUCGAUUGGAGAUUUGGUUGACACCAAAGGUGUGGCCGAAGAAUGCAAUGAAACGAUGAGCGACUCGACCAAUGAUACCAUCAUUCAGUCGAUGGACUCGCUGUUGAUCUCAAAUGAUGGCAAAGCGUCGGCCAAAUGGUCCUCAAAUGCAAUCAAUUAUUUGAAUAUAAAAUUCAGUCACAAAUAUAGGUAUUCCUCCGAUUGUCUCCAUUUGUAUCACAAGACAAUUGUCGUACAAUUCCGAAGACAGUCGUUGAUAGCCAUCCGAUACCGUUUCGAUGACUUCAAAGCCAUCGGAUUUAUUCUGGAGUUAAUGGAUAUAAACAGACGUUGUUUUGAGAAGAACUCAUCCAAUGAUUCGGAAACUAAUCCCAAAUGGAAGACCAUUUCGGAUCAAAUGAGAAACAAUGGUUUCGAUGAGUGGACGCCAAGCAAAUGCAAAAACGGCUUUAGAAGUGCCAUUGAUUUGUAUAAAAAGACUCUGAACAAAUGUGCCGAUUUGGAGACCGCGGAGAAAGUGAACCCAUUGUUUGCAAUACUUCAUUGGUUUGAUCUGAAAUUUCUGAUCAAUUUGUGUGAAUUCAAUGAAAUCCGAGAUUUAAGGCAAAUGUUUAAACAAAAGAAAUACAAGAAAUGCGAUCAUUUGGGUCUCAAUGGAGCGACAAAGUUUGGAUCCAAUUUGUCUUUGUUUUCAAACAAUGAUAAUCACAAAAAUGGCAAUAAAUAUGGUUCAACACAAUCAUUGGCAACCAAUCAAACGACUCCGAAGAAUAAGCACAGAUAUCAGUCCAAUAAAGAUAUCGUCGAAACUGUAAAACUCCAAAAGAUUUCAAAUCUAAGUCAAAGUCGAAUACAAGAGUUUAAGACGUUAGCCAAUGGCGUGAAGGCAAUUGUGGCACAGUUUGGCCACUCCUCAAGACUUGAGAACUUCUGGGAACUGGUUUGCAAUCAAAUGAGAGCCAAUGGCUAUAAAAACUACUCAGUCCUCACCGCUAGGAACGUGUUCACGGAGUAUGUCUGCGAUUAUUACUCUCUGACAUUGACCCGAUGUCCUGAUUAUAAGACAGCUUCAGAAGUGUAUCCAUUAUUUCAAACUAUUCAUGCCAUGGAUUUGUCUCAGUGUUUGAGUCAGUAUUCUUUCGAUAAGAUUAAGAAUUUAAGGGAUAAAUUCUCGACUAAAUUCUAAUUUUAUUCUUAAUAGUCAUCUAAAACUUUAAUCAUUUUUCUAUUGCCUUAUAAUUGCUGUUUCAAAAC